CCAGUUAAACGUGGCCGACUCGCAGCAAGGAGUGGCAUCUAAGCGAGCGUCGCGAGCUGUCAAGCUGUCGGCCCUGAAUAGCCCGAGAGAGAGCUAACGGAGACUUUAAUCAGCCGGUGCAGCUGAUUGCUUAAAUGACUCGUCGUGGCGGCCAUUGAGCGCGUUAUCGAGUAUUCGUUAGCAUCGAGAUCGCCGGUUUUAAGCCUGCCGAGAAUCCGUUCAGGCGCGACGAAAGAAAAACAUGUCGUCCUCGGGCGAUUUCGGUAACCCGUUGCGGAAGUUCAAGCUUGUCUUUCUGGGCGAGCAGAGCGGUGAGUGUUACGAUGGUGUGUCAACAAGUGCAUCGAUGUUCUACGAAAAAAAUGGAUCGAUUUUCCCGACCGGGGGGAAAACGCUAUCGCGAGCUCCGGUCAUACGGGCCCAAUCGGGAGAGUGUAAAAAAGUGCAGUUAGAAGGAAAAGACCUAAUGCUAGCAGGAGAGGCAGCUACGAUAGGUAUAGAUUUCUUAAGCAAAACUAUGUAUCUUGAAGAUAGAACUGUGAGAUUACAGCUGUGGGAUACAGCGGGACAAGAACGGUUCCGUUCUUUGAUACCUAGUUACAUCAGAGAUUCUACUGUUGCGGUCGUUGUUUACGAUAUUACCAACGCCAACUCGUUUCACCAAACAUCCAAGUGGAUAGACGAUGUGCGGACUGAAAGAGGAAGUGAUGUGAUAAUUAUGCUAGUGGGCAAUAAAACUGAUUUGAGUGAUAAGAGGCAAGUUUCGACGGAAGAAGGCGAGCGAAAAGCAAAAGAAUUAAAUGUAAUGUUCAUCGAAACUAGUGCUAAGGCUGGCUACAAUGUUAAACAGCUAUUUAGAAGAGUAGCGGCAGCUCUGCCGGGUAUGGACUCCACCGAAAACAAGCCUCCCGAAGACAUGCAAGAGGUAGUGCUCAAGGACACGCCAAUCGAACUGAAAGCCUCGGAGAGCAGUUGUGCAUGCUAAGUCGUCGUCGGCCUGUACGGUAGCAGGGUAUCGAAUCGAAUCGAAUCACAGAGUCUUAGUAAUUUCUGAAUAGGGUUUAAAUCGUCUCAGAUUAUUCUGGAGCGGUUUAGGGACUUUUUCGAGAAACAU